AAGCAUAUUGACACAAUUCUAGAGACAAUUAUCAACGAGCAUGAACAAGAUUUUGGGCAAAGACAGCAAAAGGAUUUUGUUGAUAUUUUGCUUUCGCUAAUGAAUCAACACAUGAGCUCCCACGACAACAGUCAAGAACUCAAGUUAGAUCGAACAAAGUUAAAGGCUGUAAUACUAGACAUGAUCGCUGCUGCAUUUGACACUUCUUCAACAACGAUAGAGUGGGCGCUGUCAGAGCUUCAAAGGCAUCCACAAGUGAAAUCAAAGCUUCAAAAGGAGUUAGAAGAGGUUGUUGGAAUGGACAAAAUAGUAGAGGAGACAGACUUGGGGAAAUUAACUUUCCUUGAUUUGGUCGUUAAGGAGACAUUCAGGUUGCAUCCUGCCGUGCCAUUACUACUUCCCCAUGAGUCCACAGAAGACAUUACCGUGAAUGGUUAUGACAUACCAAAGAAGUCAAGAAUCUUAGUUAACGCUUGGGCAAUUGGAAGAGAUCCAGUGGCUUGGUCCGAGAAUGCAGAGGAAUUCUUUCCAGAAAGGUUCACUGGACGCGAUAUAGAUGUCCGAGGACACGAUUUUCAACUCAUACCAUUUGGAUCAGGUCGGAGAGGUUGCCCAGGUAUGCAGUUAGGGAUAUUAACAGUGAAAUAUGUUUUAGCUCAGCUGGUGCAUUGCUUCGACAUGGAAUUGGCUGAUGGCAUGUUACCUUCAGGAUUGGACAUGACUGAGAAAUUUGGGCUCACGUUGCCCAGAGCAAAUCCCUUGCUUGGACAAAUGUCUUGCUUAUGUCCUUCACCAAAAAUUGGGCCAAAUAUUACAAACGCCAAAUCUGAAUCUUCCUCCACCAUCUACAUGGAAAAAAAUGGGCUAUAUGUGGUUGGUCUUAAGGUUGGUAGCAGAGGGCAGAUACUCUGCCUGCUGCUUGACACUGGAUCAAAUAUUGUUUGGUGGCAAUGCCAGACAUGCAGGCGCUGCUUUGACUUGGACCAUCCAAUCAUUGAUCCAAAGCUUUCUUCAUCUUUUCGCUGGUAUCACGAUCACGAUAAGGCUGAAAGUGCAAUGGCCAGAGAUGAAGUUACCACAAUGAAUGAUGAGAAGUUUGAGCGAGAUCUCAUUUUUGGAUGUGCUCGUCAAGCAGUAGAAGUACAAAUUAUAUUUGGGAAAAUCCCAACAUUUGGCGACAGAACGGUGGUCGAAGCUGAAAUGAUUCUUGAAGGGAAUGGACUUCAUUACUACGUCAAAUUUAGUGGAAUCAAAAUCGGACUUGCUGAGACGAUUUCAAUGGGUCUAGAACAGUGGUGGUAUCGUGUGGACCGCUCCAUAAUUGACACAGUGUUCACUUAUGGUGACAAAGACCAAGUUCUGGGAUUGGAACCCCUCCAAACAAUGAUUGAAGCUCCUUCCGUUCUUAACUCGAAUGUUUAUUGUCUGGCAUAUACGGGACAUGGUGUUCCUGAUUCCAUCAUUGGAACCUGGCAGCUGCAUCGCAUCCGCACGGAGAAGAGGAUGGUGGUGAAAGAGUACAAAGGUGUUGAGAAAGGACAGAAGCCUCCACUUCAUCCUGAUGUCGUCAUGAACUGCAGACAGACGUGUUGCACCAGUAGCAGCGAUAUGUUAUGUUAUUGCUCCACUGGCUCUUCCCGGUACCUUCCUAGCAUCUGUUUUGUUGGUGAUCAUCAACACAAAACAAGUGGACAGGAAGAUUGCUAUGACCAGAAUGAAGAUGGAGAAGAAGCACAUGAAUGCAGCAAAAUGGUUUUUGACAGUGUAACGGCGGAGAAUGGUAUUUUUGAUAACGGCGAUUGCGAACGAAAAGGGUUCGAGCUUUACAAGGGGAUUGGGAUGCAGAUAGUUCAGGCCGAGGCGGCGGCUGUCGUCGGUAAGAUCCAUGUGAGGAAGGAGGCAAGCCCCAGAUCCAUGGGGAGAGUUUCUCCAUGAAGGCCAUGGCUGAACGUCUGAUGCUGCUGCGAGACACAUGUUCUGUGUUUUUGAAAAUUCCCCAAAAAUAGUUGAAACUGUAUCGUUAGCCUAUACAUAUAAUAAUUCAAAGUUCUAAUU